AUGAAUGGAGAGUACUCUACCAAUUCAGUCAUCUCCAACAAGAAACAAGCUAUAAUCCUCAACUAUCCUGAUGACGUGACAUGCGCAAAUGACAGCGUGGAAGCGCUCAAGGACCGCACCGGUUCUUCCCUGUCGGCUAUCAAGAAGUACAUCGGUGGCAACUACAAGUUCGACGUGGAGAAGAAAUCGCACUUCAUAAAGCGCGCUCUGAAAAGCCUGGUGGAGAAGGGUACCCUCCUACAGGUUAAAGGGACCGGGGCGUCGGGGUCCUUCAAGAUCAACGUGGCAGCCAAGAAAGCCGCCGAGAAGGCGGCAAAGAAGGCCGUCAAGAAGCCAGUCAAGAAACCCGCGGCUAAGAAGGCCACGAAACCAAAGACAACCAAGCCAAAGAAACCCAAGGCGAAGAAGGCUACCACCCCCAAGAAGACGACGACCAAGAAACCGACCGCGAGCAAGAAAACCAAGAAAUCUCCUGCCAAGAAACCUGCUAGCAAGAAAUCCGUCAAAAAGACUCCCACAAAGAAGACCACCAAGAAGACCGCGCCCGCCAAGAAGGCCUCCAAGCCCAAGAAGAAGUGAAGAUCUAACCGAAAAUUCCGGCCCUUUUCAGGGCCACCCACAUCCUUACAAAAGAACUAUCUCAAUCACAUAUCCACACGAAUACAUACUAUCUCUGUCCUUGAAAGAUAGAACACAUGGAAUAAAGAGUAACAACAACAACAAUAAUAAUAAUAAACUUUUUCUAAGUACAGCAGCACCGCCCUCCCCAUCCCCUUGCUCAAGUUAAAAGAUGAACGAUCACACACACACACACACACACGCGCGCGCGCACAGUCUAACAAAACUAUUGUUAUUUCGUUGACACAGUGAAGACAAAGUCAUAUUGUGCAUUUAUCGACAAAUAUGCCGUCUUGUUACGUAUUACCUCACGUAGGCACAAAUCUACACUAGUAUCCGAUAGCCAUUCUAAACAGCUCAAUAUCAAAAUUGCCAUAUUUUCCGACGUGACGCCGGUCCAA